GGGAGGAGCAAGACGCACUGCUCCCCGCCGGGUCAGGCCCGCGCAUGCGUGGGAGGAGCCGCGCUCGGCGUCCGCGUUGCCGAGGUAACCCAGACCAGCGAACUCCGGCCAUGGCUUCCAGAGCUGGCGCGAGCUGGGCUAGUGCUCCGCCACCGAGCGUAGCCCCGACGCCCUCCGUGACCAUCCUGCAGCCCCUUCCUUUGCUGGUCCCCAGUCCCCCGCCGCAGCCUGGCCGGGUGAAGGAAGACCUGCUGGAGUUGAUGUCGCUGCAGAAUGCGCAGAUGCACCAGUUGCUGCUGAGUCGCCUGGUGGCUGGGGCGCUAAGCCCUGAGCCACUCUGCCCCUGUCCGCAGGUCUAUCUUGAGUGGCAACAGGAAGAACCAGAGGAGGAGGUGAAUAGCCAGGAGGAGGCGCCUUUGGUGUUCCACCACCACUACCUGCCCUGGCCCCUCUGGCCAGGCCCUUUCCUCCCUGCUCCCCUUGGCCAGCCCUCCCCCCAGGGGAUGCCCAGGGCACCUCCCUCCAGGAAGACGGAGAUGAGAGCUGUGCCCCCGCCCCCGCCCCCCAGCGCCACAGGGACUGUGGGUGCAGAUGUACCUCCAGCUUCAGGUAGGAGGCUGGGCAGGCAGGCCCCAGGCCUGGGGUGGGGUGUGGGGCCUCCCGCCAUCGGUGCCUGGAGUCGCUGGGGCGGGAGGGCUGCAAGGUGGAGAUUCUGUCUCUCCCCAGACUACUACGAUGCCGAGAGCCUGCUCUGAGGAUGGGGCUCACAGG